AUGUCGACAGAGCCAUUGAAGCUGGAACUGCCAUGGGUGGAGAAAUAUAGACCACAACUGUUGAAAGAUAUCGUGGGCAAUGAAGAGACAGUUCUGCGACUGCAGCAGAUUGCGCAAGACGGUAACAUGCCACAUGUAAUCAUCAGCGGACUUCCCGGAAUAGGUAAAACUACUUCUGUGAGCUGUUUGGCCCAUGAACUGCUGGGAGACGCAUAUUCACAAGCGGUGCUGGAACUCAACGCCUCUGACGAUAGAGGUAUCGAUGUGGUGAGAAACCAAAUCAAACAGUUCGCCCAAAAAAAGUGUAGUCUUCCACCAGGACGUCACAAGAUUGUUAUUUUGGAUGAAGCAGACUCGAUGACCGCAGGUGCCCAACAGGCUCUGAGACGCACCAUGGAGCUGUAUUCCAACACGACACGUUUUGCGUUUGCAUGCAACCAGUCCAACAAGAUCAUCGAACCGUUACAGAGUCGUUGUGCUAUUUUGCGAUACUCCAAACUGCAGGACAACCAGGUGCUUAAACGUCUUUUGGAGGUGAUCGAGGCUGAAAACGUGCAGUACACCAAUGACGGACUCGAAGCCAUCAUAUUCACCGCAGAGGGAGACAUGCGUCAAGCUCUGAAUAACCUCCAAAGCACUGUAGCCGGAUAUGGCCUCGUCAACGGUGAAAAUGUGUUCAAGAUCGUCGACUCGCCCCAUCCGUUGAUCGUCAAGAAAAUGCUACUCGCGGAAACACUCGAUGCCUCGCUAGAUUUGCUCCAGGAACUGUGGAAGAAGGGCUACUCCGCUGUGGACAUGGUCACAACGUGUUUCCGCGUCACUAAGAACCUAGAAGAGGUCAAAGAGGGUAUAAGGCUCGAAAUGAUUCGUGAAAUUGGGUUUGCGCAUAUGCGCAUUCUGGAAGGUGUGGGCACUUACUUGCAACUUGCGGGCAUGUUGGCGAGAAUACGUAAAGUUAGAAGUGGUUAA